GUGCCGAUCGGGAUCCCUUAGCUAGCUCGGACGAGACCCUGAAGGGGAAGAAGACGAGAAUGGGAGAGGGAAUGAAGCACUCGAGCUGGACGACCCCUCGAUGGGCGAUGCGGGACAGGCGGGGACGCUUUGAAAUCAACCCGAUCGGGCUUAGUCACCGUGCCCGGCCGAUAACUAGCGUCAUCCGCCAAUCAACCGCCCGUCCGCCUCACCGCUUCGGGAUCGUUGGCGUCCUCCGUCGUCCGCUGCCCAUUCAUCAUUCCAGUCCAUUGCCCGUCCCCGACUACUGGGCUAGACUCCCUCCACCCUGCAUCCAGCAUGGCCUCCAAAUCCCGAUGGGCCACCGACGACGACCCCGAGACGGAGGCCAUCCUGGCCCAGCGCAAACGCGAGAAGGAUGAGAAGCGACGCGCCAAAGCCGAGAAGCAACGCCAGCUCGACGAGCAGCAAGCUCAAGCUCAAGCUCAAGCUCAAGCUCAGCAGCAACCCGACCCCGACCACCCGCCCAAGAAACGUCGCCGACUCUCUAACGACCAGGACCAGGAGAAGGAGAAACCAUCCCAGACUCCCCCUGCCACCUCCAAAAACAAUGAGCCCACCAUUCUCUCCUUCCCGACCCAAGAAUGGGGACCCUGUCGCAACGUCGCGAACUUCGAGCGCCUCAACCACAUCGAAGAGGGCUCGUACGGCUUCGUCAGCCGCGCCAAAGACAUCACCACGGGCGAGAUCGUCGCCCUCAAGAAGCUUAAGAUGGACAAUUCCCCCGACGGAUUCCCCGUGACGGGUCUCCGCGAGAUCCAAACCCUCCUCGAAGCCCGACACCAGAACGUCGUCGAGCUCCGCGAAGUCGUAAUGGGCGACAAACUGGAUGAAGUCUACCUAGUAAUGCCCUUCCUCGAACACGACCUCAAAACCCUUCUCGACGACAUGUCCGAGCCAUUCCUCCCCUCCGAAAUCAAAACCAUCCUCCUCCAAGUCCUCUCCGGCCUCGACUUCCUCCACGACCAAUGGAUCAUGCACCGCGAUCUGAAGACCUCCAACCUCCUCCUCAACAACCGCGGUGAGGUCAAGAUCGCCGACUUCGGUAUGGCCCGGUACUACGGCGACCCGCCCCCGAAGCUCACCCAGCUGGUCGUCACCCUGUGGUAUCGCUCGCCCGAGCUGCUCCUCGGCGCCGAGAAAUACGGCACCGAGAUCGAUAUGUGGAGUAUCGGGUGUAUCUUUGGCGAGCUGUUGACCAAGGAACCUCUCUUGCAGGGAAAGAAUGAGGUCGAUCAGGUUUCGAAGAUAUUCACUCUAACCGGCCCACCCACCCCCCAAACCUGGCCCGAAUUCCGCUCCCUCCCCAACGCCAAAUCCCUGCGCCUCCCACCAACCCCCUCCACCGCCUCCUCAACAUCAUCCCCCCCACUCCUCCCACGAACAAAAUUCCCCUUCCUCACAAACGCCGGCCUGCAUCUGCUAUCGUCGCUGCUAGCGCUGAACCCGACGUCCCGGCUCUCGACGAAGGCGUGUCUCGCGCAUCGCUAUUUCCGGGAAGAUCCGAGGCCGAAGCCGAAGGAGAUGUUUCCGACGUUCCCGUCGAAAGCGGGGAUGGAGAAGCGGAGGAGGAGGGAGACGCCGGAGGCGCCGAAGAGAGGGCAGGAGGCUCCCAAGCUGGACUUUGCGAGCGUGUUUGGCGGGGAGCAGGGGGAACAGGGGGAACAGGGGGCAGGGUUUACUUUACGGCUGGGAUAG